AUGAAAAGGAUAUUCCUUUAUCAAUACCUUUUAAUAUUAAUUCCAUUAAUAAUUAAUGGAUUUCUUGAACCACCACAAUUUAAUUUAGCUAAACAUAAGAAAAUUAUCGCAACAUCAACAUGUGGUGAACUUCAUGGAAAACCUUAUCGUGAAAUAUUUUGUUCAUUAGCUUCAUCUUUACCAUAUACACCAUAUCAACAAAUGACUAGUGCAAUUGAUGGAAAUCCUUUCCGUGAAGCUCGUGCUGAACAUUCAUUUUUAAGAGAAGGUCAAAGUUGUGAUAUUUGUGAAGCAAAUACUACUUUAGAACAUCCACCAUCAAAUAUGGUUGAUGGUUCUAAUGCCUGGUGGCAAUCACCACCUUUAUCAAGAGGACGAGAAUAUGAAAAAGUUAAUAUUACAAUAGAUCUUGGACAAGAAUUUCAUGUUGCUUAUAUUUAUAUAGCAAUGGCUAAUUCUCCAAGACCAGCAACAUGGGUAUUAGAAAGAUCAACAGAUUAUGGAAAAACUUUUAAACCAUGGCAAUAUUUUGCUGAACAUAAUAGUGAUUGUGCAAGACAUUUUGGUUAUAAUUCAUUAGCUCCAAUAACAAGUGAUGAUAGUAUUGUAUGUAGUAGUGAAUAUUCUAAACUUCAACCAAUGGAUAAUGGUGAAAUAUAUAUUAAUUUACUUGAAAAUCGCCCUGGUAGACAUAAUUUUUCAAAUUCUCCUAUUCUUCAAGAAUUUGCCAGAGCAACAAAUGUUAGAUUAAGACUGUUAUCAGUUGCUACAUUACAUGGUAAUUUAAUGGAUAUUCAUAGAGGAAAUGAUCCAACAGUUACUAGAAGAUAUUUUUAUGCUAUAAAAGAAAUAAAAAUUGGUGGAACAUGUGCAUGUCAUGGUCAUGCUAAAACUUGUGAUUAUUUAGAUUCAACAAGAUCAGAUAAAUUAAUAUGCCGUUGUGAGCAUAAUACUUGUGGUGAUAGAUGUGAUAUGUGUUGUCCUGGAUAUGAACAAAAAAAAUGGCAAUUAUCAAGAAGUGGACAAUUUUUUGAGUGUGAAAAAUGUAAUUGUCAUGGACAUACAAAUGAUUGUAUUUAUGAUGAAGAAUUAGAUAAAAUUAAUGGUUCUUUAGAUAUUUAUGGAAAAUAUUCUGGUGGUGGAAGAUGUCUUAAUUGUCAACAUAAUACUAAAGGUAUUAAUUGUAAUGAAUGUAUUGAUGGAUAUUAUAGACCAGAAGGAAAAAAAUGGAAUGAUAUUGAUGUUUGUAAAAAAUGUAAUUGUGAUCCAUUAAAACAUACUGGAAGAUGUUCUGAGGGUACUGGAAAAUGUGAAUGUUUACCACAAUUUACUGGAGAAAAUUGUGAUAAAUGUUCUAUUGGAUAUUAUAAUGAACCUGAAUGUAAACCAUGUGAAUGUUUUUAUCAGGGUACUGUAAAUAAUGUUUGUCUUCCUAUUGGUGAAAAAUGUCCAUGUAAAAAUAAUUAUGAGGGACAAUUUUGUGAUAUAUGUUCAUCUGGUUAUUUUAAUUUAACAUCAGGUUGUGAAAAAUGUCAUUGUGAUAGUGAAGGUGCAGCAAAUGGUGAAUGUGAUCUUACUACUGGUGCAUGUAAAUGUAAAACAAAUUAUGGUGGAGAUAAAUGUGAUACAUGUGCUAUUGGUUAUUAUAAUUAUCCAACUUGUACAUUUUGUCAAUGUGAUCCAUCUGGUACAGAAGGUGGUAUGUGUGACUCAUUAACUGGACAAUGUUUAUGUAAAAAUGGAUUUUCUGGAGAUAAAUGUAAUCAAUGUGAAGAAAAUUAUUAUGGAUAUCCUAAUUGUAAACCAUGUAAUUGUGAUUCAGCUGGAUCAAAUUCAACACAAUGUCAUUCCACAACUGGUGAAUGUCCUUGUCGUGAAAAUUUUGCAGGUAGAAUUUGUGAUAAAUGUUUACCAGGAUAUUAUGCAUAUCCUGAAUGUUUACCAUGUAAUUGUUUUGCUCAAGGUUCAAAAGGAAAAACAUGUGAUUCAAAAGGAAAUUGUCACUGUAAAGAUAAUUUCCAAGGAAAAAGAUGUGAAAAAUGUAAAGAUAAUUUUUUUAAUUUUCCUGUUUGUGAAGAAUGUAAUUGUGAUCCAGAUGGUGUUACAAAAGAUUUUGGUGGUUGUGAUAAAGUUACACCAGGAGAAUUAUGUGAAUGUAAAAGUAAUGUUAUCGGAAGAACUUGUAAUAAAUGUAAAGAAACUUUUUGGGAUUUAAAAAAAUAUCAUGAUGAAGGUUGUAUUAGUUGUGGUUGUGAUACAACUGGCACACAUUCAGGUCUUAAUCUUUGUGAUGAAAAGAAGGGUCAAUGUCAAUGUAAAUUAUAUAUUUCUGGAAGAAGAUGUGAAAAAUGUAAAGAUGGUUUUUAUAAUAAAAAUGAUAUAAAUUUUCUUGGAUGCCAAUCAUGUAAAUGUAAUUUAGCUUCUUCUCAAGGUAAUACAUGUAAUGCUGAAACAGGACAAUGUCAUUGUAAACCAAGAAUUGGUGGUGAAAAAUGUGAUAAACCAAUUGAAAAACAUUUCUUUCCAACACUUUGGCAUAUGCAGUAUGAAGCUGAAGAUGGUAAAACUCCUGAUAAUAAUGGUGUACGUUUUUCUAUGGAUUCUGAACAAUUUAGUAAUUUUUCAUGGAGAGGUUUUGUUGUAUUUUCACAUAUACAAGAAGAAGUACAUUUAGUUGUUGAUGUUAUGAAAACAUCUGUUUAUAAAAUUCUUGCUCAUUAUCAUAAUCCAACAGAUGUUGAUAAUGAACUUUUAGUAUCAAUAACACCAUAUUCAUUAACAACUCAAGAACAACCACAACAAUCAUUUGAAACUAUAAUUUCUCCAAGUUCAAUGCCAACAACAAAAAUAAUUAAUCCUGAUAAUAAACCAAUUCCAAUAUCACAUGGAAGACAUAUAAUAAAAUUAAAAACAAAAAAACGUCUUUAUUUAGAUUAUAUAGUUCUUUUACCAUCAGAAUAUUAUGAAGGACAUAAUCUUAAAGAGGAUAUACAUGAAAUAUGUAAAAUAAAUCAAACAGAUAAUGAAUAUUGUGUUAAAAUAUUAUAUCCACAAAUACCAAAUACUAUAAAAGUAGAAAAACUAGAAAAAGUAUUUGAUAAUAUUAUUUUUAAUGUACCAAAUUCUGGUGAAUAUGUAGUAUUAUUUACUUAUAAUUAUUAUCGUCCAGAAAUUGAACCUGCUUCAGUAUGGGAUGAUCAAAAAAAAUUUGAAGGUGUAGCAAAUUUUGUUCAUUGUCCCUAUCAAACACCAUGUCGUGAGUUAGUUGUUAGUAAAGGUACUCCAACAAUAUUUAAUGUAACAAAAAGUGGUGAAUAUAAAAUUGGUAUAAAAUAUGUAAUACAAAAAGAUUUAGAAAUUAAGAAUAUUGAAAUUAUACCAUUAAAUGAAUGGAAAAAUUCAUAUUUAAAUGUUCAUAAAGUUUGUAUAUCAUUAAAUAAUAAAUGUGUUGAUCAAUCAUAUCCAGAUGCACAAAGUGGAAUUGUAACAGAAAUUGAAGAUUCUGAUGGAAAUAAACCAACACCAGGAGAAAAAUUAUCAUUUGAUAUAGCUAAGAAGAAUAAAAUUAAUGUAAUGUCAUUAGAUAAUUCUCAAAAUACUAUUGAAGUUAAUGGUAUAGUUGAUAAAGAAAAUUAUUAUAAUUUUAUUGUUGAUUAUUAUAAUCCAAAUGGUAAAGAAAGAAUAUUAAAUAUACUUUUUAAUGAUAAUAAUGAACAUACAUAUGAUGCUAAAUUAAAUAUUGAAUUUUGUCCUUCUCAUUCUGGUUGUAGAAGUAUUGUAACAUUUGAUCAAGGACAAUUAUAUCAAUAUGUUAAAGAUAAAUAUUCAUUAACAAUUAUUGGUGAAGAAGAUCUUUAUGAACCAAUAUAUUUUGAUACUGUUACAGCUGUUCCAUCACAAUUAUUUUCUCAAAAUUUACUUAAAUUACAACCAUUAGAAAUGUCUAAAGAAUUUACAAAUAGAUGUUCAGAAAAUUUAUAUAAAAAUGAUCCAGAAAAUGUUGAUGAAUAUUGUAAAGAAAAAAUAUUUUCACUUACUACUGAUUUUAAUGGUCAAGCACAACCAUGUAGUUGUAGUGCUUCUGGAUCACUUAGUUUUAAUUGUCAAGAAUAUGGAGGACAAUGUUCAUGUAAACCUAAUGUUAUUGGAAGAAAAUGUGAUAGAUGUGCACCAGGAUAUUAUUCUUUUCCAUCAUGUAUAAAAUGUAACUGUGGUCCUAAUGAAUCAUGUGAUGAAUAUACUGGACAAUGUUCUUGUCCUCAACAUGUUGAAGGUAAAAGUUGUGAUAAAUGUGUUAAAUAUGCUUAUGGAUAUGAUCCAUUAAUUGGAUGUCAAUUAUGUGGUUGUAAUAAAGAUGGAAGUGAAGGUGGUGAAUUAGAAUGUGAUCCAUUAUCUGGACAAUGUCUUUGUAAAGAUAAUGUUGGUGGAAGAAAAUGUGAAUCAUGUUUACCAGGUUUUUAUGGAUUUCCUUAUUGUAAUGAAUGUAAUUGUGAUACUAGAGGAACAACAUCUGACAUUUGUAAUUCACAAAAUUCUGAAUGUAUAUGUAAAAAAAAUGUUGGAGGAAGAAAUUGUAAUCAUUGUUUAAGAGGAACUUUUGAUCUUACUGAUAAAAAUCCAGAAGGUUGUUCUAAUUGUUUUUGUUUUGGUACAACAGAUUCUUGUAUCUCAUCAAUGUUUAAUGUUUAUUAUGAAGAAUUUGAUAAUUUUGCAUGGAAAUGUGAUGAUAUUAAUGGUGUUGUAUCAGGUGAUAAUGGUGAAAUAACUUAUACACCAUCAAAUGAUAAAUUAGUUAAAGAUGUUUAUUUAAUAUAUAAUCUUGAAAGUAAUAAUGAUUAUACUGGUAUUUAUGGUCAAUCUAUUUCAUAUUAUGCUUCAACAAUACCUAAUGAUAAAGAAAAAAUUUUUAAUAAUGAACCUGAUAUAAGAUUAAUUGGAGAACAUGGUAUUGCUGAAGCAUGGCUUCAAUUACAACCAUCUGAUCCAUCUAAAAAAUUUAUUGUAUCUAUUCAAUUACUUCCUGAAUUUUGGGUUAAAAAAGAUGGUGAACAUGUAUCUAGAAGUGAUCUUAUGAUGAUACUUGUUAAAUUAAAAGAAAUUCAAGUUAAAGUUUCAUAUUAUGAAAAACCUAUCAAAGCUUCUAUUUAUGAUUUUAAAAUGACUAGAGCAUAUCCAGAACAAAAAAGUGAUUUAUUUACUGUUUCAAGAUCAUCAUCAGUUGAGAAGUGUGAAUGCCCACCAUCAUAUACUGGUCCAUCAUGUCAAGAAUGUGCUCUAGGUUAUUAUCGUAUUAAGUCUGGUGAUUAUUUAGGUUCAUGUGUACCAUGUGAAUGUAAUGGACAUUCAGAUAUUUGUGAUAAAGAUACUGGUAUAUGUCAAGAUUGUCUUCAUAAUACAAUGGGAGAUCAUUGUGAAAUAUGUAUUGAAGGAUUUUAUGGUAAUGCUACAACUGGAACAGAAUAUGAUUGUUUAUCAUGUCCAUGCCCAUUAAGAGAAAAUAAUGAAAACUUUGCUAUUGGUUGUGAUGUUUAUGAAAAUGGUAGACCAGAAAAAUGUUAUUGUAAAGAAGGAUAUACAGGUGAAAUUUGUGAUCGAUGUGAUACUGGUUAUUAUGGCACACCAUUCAGAUCUGAUGGUUCAUGUCAAAAAUGUUUCUGUAACAAUAAUAAUAAUCUUACUGUUCCUGGAUCAUGUGAUAAUGUUAAAGGAUUUUGUAAUUAUUGUCAAAAUAAUACAUCUGGAAUGUAUUGUGAGGAAUGUGAUGAUUGGUAUUUUGGUGAUGCUAUUAAUGCUAAAAAUUGUACUACUUGUACUUGUGUAAUUGAAGGAACAGAAGAAUGUGACAAAACAACUGGUAAAUGUUAUUGUUUAGAAAAUGUACAAGGAGAAACUUGUAAUGAAUGUAUACCCGAAGCUUAUGGUUUUGAUUCAGGUGAAGGAUGUAAAAUGUGUAAUUGUGGUGAGGCAUCAUCUAAUAAACAGUGUGAUUUAAAAACUGGACAAUGUGCUUGUAUGCCAGGAGUUACUGGUUUACAAUGUGAUCGUUGCAUGCAAGGAUUUUGGAAUUAUAGUCCAGAAGGAUGUAAAAAAUGUGACUGUGAAGCUGAUUUAUCAAAAGGAACUGUUUGUGAUGUUAAUACUGGUCAAUGUCAUUGUCAACCAGGAGCUACAGGACCAAGAUGUGAUCAAUGUAUAGCAAAUUUUUUAAAAAUUCCAGAUUAUGGUUGUAGACAAUGUGAUAAUUGUGUAUUUUCAUUAAGAGAUAUGUUAGAUGUUAUGGAAGGUACAUUACAAACAGUUAUAGAGACAGUCGAUUCAACUCCACCAGCAGCAUUAGUUGGAGCUAAAUUAAGUAAAUAUGAAAAAGAAUAUAAGUUAUAUAAUCCAUUAGUUCAAAAAUUAAUAAUUCAAAAAGAUAAUGAAACAUUUUUAAAUGAACUUGCUGAAGUUGAAGAAUUAAAAAAAAAUUCAUCACUAAAUGUUAUAAGAUCAAAUAUGACAUUAACUCAUCUUAAUGAAUAUAUAGAAUCAAUAAAAAAUUUAAUUCAAGAAACUAGUGAAUUAAAUGAUGAUGCAAAAUACAUGUAUGAAACAACAAAAAAUAUUGUUGAUGGAAUAAAACAAAUUCCAGGAUUAUUUAUGUCGAAACAAAAUAUAGAAAAUCGUGAAUAUUUAAUUAAAGGUGCUUCUAAUAUUUUAUCAACAAUGACUUCAAAUGAUAAUUUUGAUAUGAAAAAAAUAGAAAUUAUUAAGAAACUUGAUGAUAUUAAAAAUAAAAUUAAUGAUAUAAAUAAAAUAACAAAACGAAAUGAAAACAUUAAAAAGUAUAUUGAAAAAUUAGAUAAAGAAAUAGACGAAUCGUCAAAAUUAACAAAUGAACAGUUGGAUCAAUUAAUUAAUAUUAGUAGUAUUGUUAAACAGUUAAAUAAAACAUUAAAUGAAAAUGUCUUAUUUAGAAUAAAUGCAGCUAUUAAAGGUCUUAAUGAAGGAAAUCAAAACUUACCUUCAAUGAUAUCCAAUAUAGAUAAAAAAAUUAUUGAAACAAAGAAAAUAUUGAAUAAUUAUACUAACAUUUCAACACAACUUGUUGAUUUGAAAGAAACACUUCAAGUUUAUAUAAAUGAUUUAAAAAUUGAAAAUGAUAAAAUAUCAAGAAAAAAGAGAAAUAUUGAUAGUAGAAAAUUAAAUCAAAAUGUUGGAAAAUUAGAAAUUCAAUCAAAUGAAAUUAAGGAAAUGUUUGAGAAUACCAAAAGAGUUUCUGGAAAUGCAGUUGAAGCGGGAAAUGUUUACAAAAAUAUAACAGAAAUUAUUAAAAAUGCUAAUGAUAUAACAUUAAAAGCAUUAGAAAUAUGUGAAGAUGGUGCCAAAAAUUCAGAUGGUCUUGAAAGUAUUGUUAAAGAAAUAAAAGAAGAUAACGGAAAAGUUAUGAAUACUAUCAAUGAUAUAAGAAAAGAUCUUUUAAAUGAUGUUGUUUUUAAAAAUAACAAGAUUAAUGAUAAUUUAAAUGAAUUGAAAGAGAAAGUUGGUACAUUAAAAGAAAAUAUUAAAAAACAUCGUGAUAUACCUAGAGAAUCUAUUGAUGAUGAAGAAUUUGUAAAUAAAGUAACAGAAACAAAAAAAUCAUUAGAUAAUCUUAAAAAUGAUUUAAAUUCAAUCAUUGCUAAUAGUGAUAGUGUUGUUGAAGCCACUAAUAACUUUACAAAUGAUUGUUCUAGGGUUAGUCAAGAAAUUCGUGGAACAAAAGUUCAAAUAGAUGAUUUAAUAAAAAUGAGUGAACCAACAAUUGAAAAAAUGAAAUCAUUUGAGAAAAAAAUGACUAAUUUCACAAGUCAUAUAAACACUGCUCAAGCAAAAUUGGCUGCUUUACGUGAAAAAAUAGAUAUUGCAAGAAAUAUGGCUAAUAGAAUUAAGUUAGGAGCACAUUUUGAGAAAGGAAGUUCACUUGAAUUAAAUGUUAAAGGAAAAGUACAAGAUGUUGCUGGAUUUAGUGAUAUUUCUUUCUAUAUGAAAACACGUUCUCUCACUGGUUUAGUAAUGUAUUUUGGUAACACUGGAACAUCUUCAUCUAUUGAGUAUAUUGCAAUGAAUUUAGUAAAUGGAAGACCAAAAAUAUCUAUUAAUCUUGGAAAGACACCGGUUGAAGUUACACUUAAUACAAUGAUUAAUGAUAAUAAUUGGAGAUUUUAUAGAAUUGAAAGAAUUGGUAAAAGUAUUUCAAUUUACCUUAGCAAGCCUAUGUCAUUAGAGAAUGAAGAAACUAAACAGCUAAUAUUACCAUCUGAUAGACAUGUUUUUAAUCUUGAUCCAAGUAGAGGUAAAUUAUUACUUGGUGGAAUAACAGAUGAAUUGAUUCCAAAGAAGAUAAUUAGUAAAGAUUUUAUUGGUUCAAUAGAAGAAUUCCGUAUCAAUAAUAUUUAUAAUAGUUUAUGGAGUUAUAAAAGACAAGUUAAUGUUACUGGAGCUUUAGUUAGACCAAUAUUUAAAGAUGAAUUGUCAAGUGAUGGUGUUAGUUUUGAUGGUAAUGGUUAUAUUGCAUUACCACAUGAAAAAUGGGAUGUUACAAAAAAUACUGCUUUUACAAUGUCCUUCCAAACAUAUGUAUCCAAUGGUUCACUAUUUUUCCUUGGUAAAGAUAAUGAUUAUUUAAUGGUAAAAAUUGAAAAUGGAUACAUUAAAUUAUUAAUAAAUCUUGGAUCUGGUGAUAUGGAAAUAAGUAGUAUUAAAAAUACCUAUGCUGAUGGACAUUGGCAUUCAUUACGUGUUGAUAGAGUUGAUAAAAAAGCACGUCUAACUGUUGAUGAUGUAGAUAAAGUUGAAGGUGAAACUUUUGGAAGUAUGAGUGAAUUAAAAUAUGACAAAUUAUAUUAUCUUGGUGAUGUUGGUUAUGAAACUAAAAAAAAAUACCAAGUAAUUCCAUUUAGAGGUUGUAUUAAAAAUUUUAAAGUUGGAAAUAAUUUUGUUGAUCUUAGAAAAGCAUUAUCUUCUAAGGGUGUACAAAUGUCAUGUCCUUCACAAAUUAUUAGACUUGCUACAUUUACUACACCACAAUCUUCUAUAAAAUUUGAAAAAACAACUAUUGAUAAAAAUAUUGAAAUUUCAUUAAAAUAUAAAACUAUUCAAAAUAAAUUAACAUUAUUCACACUAGAAGAUGUUAAUAAUAAUAAUAAUGAAAUGAGAUUUAUUAUUGAUAAUGGAUAUCUUUAUCUUUUAAUAAAUGAAGAAGAACUUGCUAAAUCAGAUUUUAUUUCAGCAUCAGAUGGAAAUUGGCAUUUAGCUUCUUUAUUUAUAGAUAAAGAUUCUAUUAAAAUAUUUGUUGAUGAUAUACUUCUUAAGACAAUUGAAAAACCAAUUUCUAUUUAUAACAACUUUAGAGAAGUUUCUUUAAGAAUCGGUGCUAAUGACGAGAAAUGUGAUCCUAAAUAUUGUAUUAGUGAUUUAAUCUUUAACCAAAAUCUUCUUAAUCUUGCUGAAGGCAUUGUCAAUGAUGUCAAACUACAGGAAUGUAGUACCGUAACUUCUAAUGAAGAUUGUAUCUCAACAUUGAAAUCAUUUACUUCUAGUAAUGAAAUUACUUCUGGUGAAAAAUCAUCUACCUCAGCUGAAGAAACAAUAUAUACUCUUCCCAGUGAUGAAGAAGAUGAUGAUUUAUCUAUUAUAGAAUCUACAACACCAAAAAUUACAUAUAAUUCAGAAGCAUGUUAUAUACCAAAAGAUAAUAAAGAAAAUAAUGGAAUAAGAUUUGGUUUACAACAACAUUCACGUGUUGAAUAUGAAGAACCUUCAAUUUUCCUUUCAUCAGAUUCAAUGGCAAUUUCUGUUAUGAUUAAACCAACAGCGGCUAAUGGAUUAAUUGCAUAUAUUUCAAAUCCUUUAACAACUGAAUUUAUGUCAAUAUAUCUUAUGGAAGGUUUUGUACAUUUUACUUUUGGAAAUGAAAAUAAUAACAUUGACUUGAAGAGUAAAAUAAAUAUUUUAAAUGAAAAAUGGCAUACAAUAAGAGCUGAAAGAGAAAAAAAUGUUGGAAUUCUUCAAAUAAAUAGUAAAACAGAAAAUGAAGGACAAACAACUGGAGAAAUGAAUAUUCUUGAUCUUAAAGGACCAGUAUUUUUUGGUGGUCUUUCAAGUGACAUUCAAGCAACGUACUCUAAACUUUUCCCUAAUAUGACAAUCAAAUUUACUGGAUGCAUGAGUGAAUUCAAAUUAAAUGAAAAAGAUUUUACUUCACAAAGAAAUGAUAUUGGUAUUAAAAAUUGUAGUGAGUCAAAUGAAAUAGGUAUGUUUUUUGGUUCAUCUGGAGGAUAUGCUGUACUUAAUCAAGAUUUUUCUGUUGGUUCUAACUUUAAAUUAGAAUUUGAAAUUAAACCAAGAACAAAAGAUGCUAUUUUACUUUCUAUUGGUGUUGAUGAUUCAUUCAAUUUCCAAUUAAUUAAUGGUACAUUAAAAUUAACAGUUGCUACAGGAAAUGUUCAAGAAUCAAUAGAAUUUUCAACACCAUAUUCAGGAUACUUUUGUGAUGGUCAAUGGCAUAAUAUAAUUUUAUAUAAAAAUAAAAAUCUUAUUUCAUUAAGUGUAAAUGGUAAGAGUAAAUUUUUAUUCUUAAAAGGUAAGAAAAAGGUAGAUGGUCUGGUAAAAGAUGCUCUUUAUCUUGGAGGUAUACCAAAAGAUAUUAAAUCAAGAGGACUUGAAACAACUUCAUCAUAUCAAGGAUGUAUACGUGUUAGCACAUUUGAUAAGAAAAGUAAAAGAGCACGUAAACAAAUUAAUAUUCUUGAUAAAGUUCAAUAUUUUGGCGAUAUUACUCCAAGUAUAUGUCCCCUUCAUUAA